UUUAUAGUCCCAAUUGUACAUGAUUCGUAAGGAUCCAAAAACCUUCUGUCAUGAACCUGAAGGUCCUCCAGAAAUAUAUGAAAAUUGGCUAGAAUCUUUUGAUCCCAGUGAGUAUGAAGAUGAAAUGACGAGAAUAAUGAUGUCAUGUUCAGAAGUUCAAGAAUUGUAUGAUAAAUUAGUUCCUAGUUCUGUUUCCCAUCUAGAAUUUUGGCAGAGAUAUUUUUACAGAGUUCAUCUUCUUAGAAAAGCUGAAACCAAAAGAGCAGAUUUAAUGCGAAGAGCUGAACAAAUUUCCAUUGCUGAUGUUGAAUGGAAUGAAAAUACAAGUGGUGAAAUAAAAAAUAGUGCACAUAUUCAUAAUUCAGAAAAAUUUGCUGCUUCCGUUUUGAAAGCUGAGGAUGCUGAAAGGAAUGCUGUAAAUUCAAAUGCGAAUCAAGUAAAACAUUCUCCAUAUCGUUCCGAGCUUACCAGAGAAUCUGCUCAAUCCAUUCCUGCUGAGGUGGCUGAAAAUGAUACCGAUGCUAAAAAAACUCUAAAAACUAAUGAACAUAUUGCAGUUCCCAACAUAUCGUCAACAGAUUGUGCAGAAGAAAAUGUUGAGAAAACUGUAACUGAAGUUCUUAGUGAAACUACUGACAUUCAAACCGAACUUUCAUCAGAAGAUAGCACAGAUGGAAGUCGUUUGUCCCCUGUUGAAUCACUUGGGAAAGGUUGAUAUCUAAUAUUUAUGUGUUACCCAUUAUUUUGUUAUUAUGGGCAUCCUCCUUUUUUUUUUUUUUUUUUUUUCUUUGCAUAGCAUUCACUUAAUUUUUGUUAUCAUAUUUGCAUCUUUCUUCUGUAACUGGUUGUACUUUCUUUUACAUCUUUCAUCUUAAAUAUCAUGUUUUGUAUUGAAAUCAUUAUGAAAUUCAUUUGUAACUUUGGUUCUUGCUUCUUUUUUGCUUUAACCUAUAUUCUUUCUGUCAUUUUUCUGCUUUUCCUGUAUAACAAUGAUUAUUUUAGAUUUCUAAUUAAAAUGUGUACAAAUCAUAUAUAUAUUUAUGUAUUCUUAAAGUUUAAUUAAAUUCCUUUCCAUAGUAUCCUUUAGUUUUUGGAUAUCAUUUGUUAUCUAUGAUUUGUUUUGUGAAUUUUUAUUUGUUUCAUUGUAAGAAUAGAAUUUGGGAAUAUAUUUUUUUAAUGUUUUUGAUGAUAAUGUUUAUAAGCAUAAUAUUUGAAUGAGUUUUGAUA